CAGCAGGUGGCGUGUUGUGUAUUUUAUUUUUGUCUAAGUCACAAACUAAAGAGGAAGAGUAGAAUGGCCAGCUGCGGGAUUCUUGCAGGCAAAGUGGCAUUUGUCACAGGCGCCGGUUCGGGCAUUGGGCGUGCCACCUGCCGACUGUUGGCACGUGACGGGGCCAAGGUCAUUGCGGCAGAUCGCAAUCUGCAGGCGGCGCAGGAAACGGCCAAUCAGCUAAACGGCGAACGUGCCACGGCGGCGGCAGUGGAAGUGGAUGUUGCCUCACUAACAAGCGUGCAACAAGCUGUGGCAGCAGCACUCUCGAUUUACAAGCAGGCACCCAGCAUUGUGGUCAACUCGGCGGGCAUAACGCGUGACAAUUAUCUGCUGAAGAUGCCGGAGCGGGACUACGACGAUGUGUACAGUGUGAAUCUGAAGGGAACGUUUCUGGUGACGCAGCAGCUGGCGAAGGCGAUGAUCGAGCAGCAGCUGCAGGGCGGCAGCAUCAUCAAUCUGUCUAGCAUUGUGGCCAAGAUGAACAACGUAGGGCAGGCGAACUAUGCGGCCACAAAGGCGGGCGUCAUCUCGUUGACCGAGGUCGCCUCCAAGGAGUUGGGCAAGUUCGGCAUUCGGGUCAACUGCAUCUUGCCCGGCUACAUAGACACGCCCAUGGUGGCCGUCGUCCCAGACAAGAUCAAGGAGCAGGUGGUGCAAAAGUGCCCGCUGGCACGUCUCGGCAAGCCGGAGGAGAUCGCCGAGGUGAUUGCGUUCCUCGCCUCCGAGAAGGCGUCCUAUGUGACUGGAGCUGCCAUUGAAGUCACAGGCGGACUCAAGUAGUGAAGCUUCCCCAGCUGCCAUACUUUGCAUUUAUUUGUCUUAGUCUAAAAAUAAACAAAUGCGUG